UGCAGGGAUCCUGGUCACCAGUCAUCGGAAGCAUUCCUUCUUUACCAUUUGUAUACCUGUGUACGAUAACCAUUUUCAUUUCGUAUAAUUUACAGCUUGUUUUCUUCAUACAGUUCGUCAUUUUUUUUUUUUUUUUUUUUUUUUUUCUUCUAGUCCUGGUUUUUCGAUAAGAUCAGAAUGGCAACGUCAAGUGUGUUGAGCAGGAACUCCAUCCAGUCUGCAGCUGGGCUUCCAGCGCUGGGAUCUGCGAAGGUGAAGGCCAGGUCGAAUAUUGGCCAGUUCCUCGCUGCACCCGUCUCUCAGAGGGCUCGGCGCAGCUUGGUUGUCAACUCCAAGCAAGACACUCCCGCUCCGGAAACAAAGCGUGAGCCGGAGAAGAAGGAUGACCCCCUCCGCAUCUUUGAGGGGUCGCCUGUGGAGAAAUUCUACCGACCUGAGAACGAGCGCCGUCCGGAAGACGGCAACACCAGCACGGAGAGCCUGAUGAAAUUCGACGGACCCGCACCCGAGACUAUCAACAGCCGUCUGGCCAUGCUGGGCAUUACCUGGGCCUUCGUCGCGGAGAUUCUCACAGGCCAGAGCGUGUGGGAGCAGGUCACCGAGGGCCGGGGCUUAAUCUGGUUCCUGUUCGUCGCCCCCAUCGUGAUCGGCGCUACUCUGAUCCCCAUGUACAACAAGGAGUCUCCCGACAGCCGCGAGAACGGCCCCUUCAACGCGCAGAACGAGCGAUGGAACGGGCGAGCGGCCAUGAUCGGACUCGUGGCGCUUCUCGUCACCGAAAACAUCUACCUCAAGGGCCCAUUGCUGGGCUUCAUCCACAGCUCUCUCAAUUUGUAGACAACACAUUAUGGGCACCAUCAACAAGGACAUCUACCGAUCCUGCACCCAUUAUGCAGCGAGCAUGCAUUCAAUCCUCUGAGUGCACAUAACAGCUAGUAUUGUAUAAAACAAUAGUAGUUGUAAUAAUAUUAAACUACUGUUCAUAGUACCUUAAAUAUCGACAAGCUAUCUAGACAUUGCCGGGGAGAAACCCACUCCGAGUGAGCAAUAGCGGCGUGCAGCUUUACAACGAUUGUAAACUCAUGGUUUGAGAAUUGGAUAAUGUAUAAAUAGUUUUCUUAAGACUUGUACUGAUCAAGACGCAAUUCUCAAUCCAGUUAUUGAGAUCGCCGGUAUCAGUGUCUUGGUUUU